CUCUGGCUGCCGCUGCCGGCGGGCGAGGCCUGCGCCGCGGCCGGGCUGCGCUGCCGCGAAGAGGAGGAAGUAGUCGGCAGGCGGCGGCGGGCCGGAGGCCGGCCCAGGCCGAGGCGCUGGGCAAGAUGCCGGGCGGACGGGUGUGUGCCGCCUGCGGCUGCUCGGAGAUCGAGGUGGACGCGGCGCGCGGGGAUGCGGUGUGCACGGGCUGCGGCUCGGUGCUGGAGGACAACAUCAUCGUCUCCGAGGUGCAGUUCGUGGAGAACAGUGGCGGCGGCUCCUCUGCCGUGGGGCAGUUCGUGUCCCUGGAUGGUGCAGGCAAAACCCCGACUUUAGGAGGAGGAUUCCAUGCCAACCUGGGAAAGGAGUCACGAGCACAAACUCUACAGAAUGGGAAACGUCAGAUUCACCACUUGGGAAACCAGCUUCAACUGAAUCAACAUUGUCUGGACACUGCCUUCAAUUUUUUCAAGAUGGCUGUGAGCAAACACCUCACCCGGGGAAGGAAGAUGACCCAUGUCAUUGCUGCCUGUCUCUACUUGGUGUGUAGGACAGAAGGAACUCCUCACAUGUUACUUGACCUCAGUGACCUUCUUCAGGUGAAUGUCUAUGUGCUGGGAAAAACUUUCCUCCUCUUGGCCAGAGAACUCUGCAUAAAUGCUCCAGCCAUAGACCCUUGUUUGUACAUUCCUCGUUUUGCACACAUGCUGGAGUUUGGGGAUAAGAACCACGAGGUGUCUAUGACGGCUCUCAGGCUGCUGCAGAGAAUGAAGCGGGACUGGAUGCACACUGGCCGCCGGCCCUCUGGGCUCUGUGGAGCAGCUCUGCUAGUGGCAGCAAGAAUGCAUGAUUUCCGACGUACUGUUAAAGAGGUCAUCAGGGUGGUCAAGGUCUGUGAGUCUACAUUAAGGAAAAGGUUGACAGAGUUUGAAGACACACCAACAAGUCAGCUAACCAUAGAUGAGUUUAUGAAGAUCGACUUGGAAGAAGAAUGUGAUCCUCCUUCCUUUACAGCUGGUCAAAAAAAACUGAAGAUACAGCAGCUGGAGAAGGCAUUAUCAAAAAAGCUGGAAGAUUUUGAAGGGGAAAUAACGAGCUAUCAAGACGAAAUAGAGAUUGAAUUAGAAAACAGUAGACCCAAAGCAAAAGGAGUAUUUGCAAAUUUCACUAAAGAUGAUUCUAUAGAAGACAAUACCUCUAGCUUACUUGGAGAGGAGGAGGCAGAAGAUGAGGAACUGGAAGCAGCUGCUAAUCACUUAAACAAGGACUUUUAUAAUGAACUUCAUCAGGAGGAUAGCAUUAAAAAAAAAGAAGCUGGGGAAUGCAAAAAUGGAAAUGAAGCUCUCAUAAGACCACCUGCGCUGGAAUCCUUGCUGGGCCCACUCCCCACUGCAGCUAGUCUUGGCAUAACAGAGUCCAUAAAAGAGUGCAUAUCCACUAAGGACCGAGAGCCUGGUGAGAAUACAGGAGAUGGUGAAUUAGAUCUAAGUGGGAUCGACGACAGUGAAAUAGAUCGGUAUAUACUUAACGAAGCAGAAGCUCAGAUAAAAGCAGAGCUGUGGAUGAAAGAAAAUGCAGACUAUCUGAAAGAACAGAAAGAAAAGGAAGCAAGAAUAGCAAAAGAGAAAGAACUUGGGAUUUAUAAGGAACACAAGCCAAAGAAAUCUGCAAAGAAACGGGAGCCAAUACAAGCCAGCACAGCAGGAGAGGCAAUUGAAAAGAUGUUAGAACAGAAGAAAAUCUCAAGUAAAAUUAAUUAUAAUGUGCUAAGGGACCUGAACAGCAAAGGAAGUAGCACACCAAAGAAAGAGGAUGACAGCACUGAUGACAGCACCAACACCAAGAAGCUGUCAAGAAGAAAAUCUAUUGCCAGUAGGAAUAUAGCCAACCCUGUAAACAGUGUGGGAAAAAGAUUAAGACCCUUGAUUUCAACACAGCUUGCUAAAAAGGCUGCCACUGAAGAGCAGGUGACCUUGCCAAAUGCACAAGCAGAAGCCCCUGACAUAGAAAAACCAGCAGCUGUGGUAGUGGAGAGUGGCCCAGUAGCUUAUAAUCCUGAUGAAGAGGUGGAAGAGGAAGAAAUAGAAGAUGAUGAUGAUCACUGCAUGAGUGCCUUGCAGUUGAUGGGAGGAAACGAUUAUGGCUGUGAUAUGGAUGAAGAUGAUGGCUAUUAGUUACAUCUACUUCCAAAGGGCGUGUGCUGUGUCUUACUCCCAGCAAAUCUUCAGUCUUCAAACUGUGUAAAUAGUGACAGCAGCUGUCUGUGGUCAGCAAAUGUAAUUGAACAAUCCUUACUUUUGUAAAGUGUAUCUUAGUUUGGCAUUGACUCUGGUCAGUUUACAUUGACCCAUAACCCAGCAAUAAAGUAUAGGUUUGUACUUGAAUUAUUUUUUUUGGUGGGUAAUAGUUGGAGGAUUAAAUUAAUGGGAGCAAUGUUUCCAGAGAACAAAAGAGAAGAGGUAAAAUAGACUAUGUAUAAAGCAUGUGCGGCUGAAAGCAACACAUCUCUUAUUUAUGUGACUCUGCUUUUAGGCAUGCUGUUGAAAGGGAGUGGAUUGAAGGACAGAUAGGAGGACAGGUAAAAAGGAGAAGCAUGCCAGGUGAUUAUUUGAAUACAGUGGCAUUAGUUGUUUCUUACUGCUGCAACUGAAAGAAAGAGACAUUUCCAACCUGUGUUGUAAACGUGACCCUGUUAUUGUAUACAAGCUUCCUUUCCCAAGCCUAUCAAAAAUAAAUGACAAGUUCUAUAUUUGCAGGGCAGUAUCAGUUUCUCUGGAGUGAAGUAAAUACUUCUUUAUACUGAUCAAUUCAUAGAGUUCUUAAAAGAACCAACAGUAGAAGGUAAUGGUGGCACUGAAGAAUCGUUGUCUGUUUUAAGUCUCAUGUGGUUUAUAUGGAAGCAGAGAGAAGACCUGAGUGAGGCAGAAAGUGUGGAGUGCAAUCAGGCAAUGGUGCUGUGCUCAGGUGCCUUUGCUGACUGUCCCUAGGAACAACCAGGGUUUGUUGUGGCUGGUAUUGCUGCAGGAGAAGUCACUCUGGACAUGUCUGUGGAGCUGCCCUUGCCUGAUUGGGUUAGAGAGCUUCUCCUUAGAGCUGCCUGUCUCUCAAACCAACUCAAACCAAGACAAAGCUGAGCUUUUCAAUAAAUAAGCUAGCAUCUGCUUUGGUUGAAUUUCAUGUAAUUUAACAUUCUGUGGGUAAAGGUCACUGUGCAGUUGUCUGACUUUCAAGGUUCAAAAUCCUACCCUUGGACAGUCACUACUAUGUGACUAAUGCUGAAGUUCCAGCCCUGUGCACCCUAAAAUGUCAGCAGGCAAGUCCCCCUCUUCCAGACACAUCAGUGGUGACAGUGCUGUGAGAGUAGGGCCAAGGAUGGAGCCCUAUUGACACAUCCCACCUGUUGCCUCUGACUUGCCUUUCCCUGGCUUUGCCGAGUCGAAGGCUCUUGGCUCGGUGGGAAACGCACUGCUCUCUGGAUUGUGCUGUAGCUGACUGUAGCUGCAGGACCCAAGAUAUUUUCUUCUCUCUCCCUUGUCUAGUGACAACGGUGGAAACUGCAGUGCUGCAAGGCUUGUCUUACACCAGGGAAAGAUGGGUUUUUGUCUUAGCACUGUGGUUUCUGUUAAGCUGUCUCUCCUGGUCAGCCCAUCCUUCCUACCCUGUUUGAUAAGCGUUCAUCUCUAAAGCACCAUCCAUCCUCCUGCUGCGGAGGAUGGUUGGUGGCAAGAAAAGAAGCUUCCUUGGGAAGCUCUCUAACUACUGCUAGCCAGAGUGAUGAUGAUGAUGAUGAUGAUGCUUGUAUCUGUGUUCAUUGCCAAAGUGGGGAAGGGCCAUAGGACUUUUCAUGCUUCUUCUGUCCCUCUCAGUAGUGUGCAUAAGAGGGAUCAUGUAAGUAGAACAAGAGCAAGUGCUUUUUUUAGGAGCAGGCACAAUGUUACUUGACUGGUAAAGGUAGUUUGUUAGGUGGGCUCUAUCUGCUAGAUAUUUUUUAGCCCUGAAUUGGAGUAUUUCUGCAAUGACUUCUUAAAAGCAAGAUGUGGUAACAAAAAAGAUGUAGAGAGGCUAAUGGGAAGAAGAGCUUUUCUAAACCAGUUUACAGUUACUUAGUUUGCAGCACUUCAGUGGGGAAAAAAAAGAGAAUUCCAUAGAAUCCCUAGGGGAAAAGCUGGCAUUUUCACCAAAAAAAUAGAGAUUUUUUUUCCUGAUAAUUUAUAAAUACUGCACAAAAAAAUUAUCUUGAGGGUAUAAGCCUUUCUACCUCUCUUUUAUCUGCACCAUAAUUUAAAAGGGAUGCUGUAAACAGACCAUUAUUUUUAAAGUCUUUUGUUUUAUUGACGUUGAUGCUCUGCAAGCCUUUGAGGCAAGCUGAGUUGGGUUUGAAUUCGACUGCCAAUAGCACUAUGCCAGAUACCCGUACUCUCGGUGUCUUCUCAAAGCUUGGGGUUUGUUCCAAGGCCCACAUUAUUCUCUAUGCAGGAAAUAAACAUGCAUAAAUAAACAUGUGUGUGACUCAUGUAGGUCGAGCGCUUUGUUGGCUCUUAAGGAAACCGCUAAGAUGAAUUCUUUAUCGCUAAGAGUCUCUCCUCCAAUAUUCCCUGUAGGUUUUCGUUGGUUUGUUCCUCCAAAGGAUGCCAAAGCUGCUGCCAGUGUAGUGAUGCUAUGUGCAGGAGCUGAGAGUCUGCUCUAAUAACUGCUGCUGGUACAUUUGAAUUUCAGUAACACGCUGCGUUUCUGAGAACAUUUGUUUCCUGCGCUGGAAGGAGAGGAUUUUGUGUUUUUGAAUGCUCUCAUGUGACUUGCUUAAGAAAGGCUAUUGGAUAGUCUGCUAGAAGGACACUUGAAGAGCAGGAAAGUAAAAAAGCCCUGUCUCAGUAUUGCUGGUGAGGUUAAUGGCAUGGUUUCUGUACAGGAAUCCUAGAGGGAAAGCCAGGGUCUGGGAUACUCUGAGCGUUGUAGGGCUUCUGAAGCUGUAGUGGUUGUGUACGUUUUUAAUUUAUUGGUGACUUACUGGGGUUUUUUAUAAUCUGCAUUCCUCCUUGAUUUAACUAAGCUCAGGAAAUGUAAACAGAUUAGAACAUGCUAGUUUCUGGGGUGUUUUUAAUAGGUAGUCAUGAAAAUGUAAAAAGAUUAACACUGCAUUAACUCUGUUUACUACUGUUGACGUAUCUGGACAAUUAUGUUGUAUGUAAGUGAGCCUAAAUUCAGUUGGAGUAAUUUGGAUCUUGCUUUUCUCAGGAUUCUGAUUGUAAUAAAGGGAGCUUACAAGGCUUCCACAUUUGUUUUCUUAGAUCUUAUUUGAACCCACACAAGCUGUACAUUGUUGGUUUUGUUGCAUAAAGCAUGUCUUCUGCUGCAAGUCACUUUGCUUGACAAGCAAAACCCUACAGCUGUUGCAUCCAGCUUGUCUGCCAUGCAGCCUUUUAACACUCUUGUACCGUGGGAGUGAAAAAGUCAGAAAGAAGGAAAAUAAUGGGAUUCUUCACUGUGCUGAGUACAUUUUCAGUGUCUUAAUCAUCUCUGACAUUACUUUAAAAUCACUGUGUUCAGUACAGCAACUUGGAAAUGGUGCCAGGCAGCCUUGUCUUGAGGGUUACAUGUGUUCCUUGGAAAAGUUCUUGCCAUCCUGAUUGCUUGUUUAUGUUCACUGGAUUGCAUUGAAACUCCAGUCACAGAUCUGUACAGUUAAUGUAGAGUUUGCCUAAUAAAUGUUCUGUUUCUCA